UGACAGGAGGAUGUCCCAAUCAAGAUUGUCAGUAGACAAGAAUUUAAGCUCUUCCUUUUUGUCGUGUUGGCGACACGUACUAAGAGUCUUUCCUUUGUCUUGUCUAAAAACAUUUUCUGAGAAACUCAAUUUGGGGCUAAUGUAGCUAUAAACAUCAGAAUUUACAGAAAUCAAUUAUUGAACUACUCAGACUGUAAGGAAUCAAUACAAUCCAUACGUUUAUUUUUAGUGUAACCAGUGAAAUAAGUUAAAAUUUUAAUAAUUUGAAGAGUCUGGUUGUUUUCGUAAAAAAACACCCCAAAACAAUUCCUCCUGCUGCGUAGAUGAUGACGUGUUUCCGGUGGGCGGUAAAAUUCCAAGAGGCACACUUAUCUAAAAGAUAAGGAGGCAAAAAGGUAACAGACAAAAUAAUAUAUUUCUUCACACAAUUAGCUUUCUAACGCCUUUCUUCUAUAAGUAUGACUUGGAUAACUCUACUUACAAAUUUGUAGCGGUUGUCGAUGUAACGGUAGCUUCUUUUUACAUAUCUAACUGAACCUGAAUCUAAACGUUUAACUACGAAUAACAUCAUUCAAGUGGACACAUGGAAAAUGUAGUUCAGCACAAAGUCUCUUUAGAUUUGCAUGGUUUUGGUUUAACAAAUGUAGGUACGUCAUGGUUUACGUUUUUCUUUUCCAGAAAAGAGCUGUAGUGUUUCUGAACGUUAUCAUGAAUGUCCUCUUUCUGCUGAGUAGUUUUGGCCUUGUCAUCACUUGUCUAGCUCAGCAAUGUUCCAAACCCACUGGAGGAUCACACAUGCAUUUGAAGGAUGAGUACAUUACAAAGAGCACAUUUGAAGAUGGGUCCAGUGUCUCUUUUAGCUGUGCUCCCGGCUACACAUCUGCUGGAGGGUCUCCACGGAUCACAUGCUCAGCUGGCGCAUGGAGCACUCUGCAGCUGAAAUGCGAGAGGAGGAACUGUGGCGCUCUUCCAGAUGUCAAUAAAGGUGAUAUUGAAUAUAAAGAUGGGACUGAGUUUGGUGAUACAGCUGUGGUCACUUGUAGAUCAGGUUACAUGCUAGUUGGGCAAUCGGUACUCAGAUGUGAGGUCCAGGGAUGGAUGGGGAGAGUGCCAACAUGUGAUGAGGUGAAAUGUGUCACUCCAGCUGAAAUUGUAAAUGGGAGAUUCAGUCCAAAGAAGGAUUUUUAUGGUUAUGCAGAAGUUGUGCGGUACUCCUGCGACAAAGACCUUGAACUUCGUGGAACCAGGGACUUAUUUUGUUCUGAAAAUGGGAAAUUCUCCUCUGCUGCCCCAACCUGUGUCCGAGUUGAAUGUAAAGAUCCUGUGAUUAUAAAUGGAUUUUGGGAAUCUGGCUCUCGACCUCCGCACAAAUAUAGGGCUUCAGUGACAUUUAAAUGUAAACCUGAAUACACAAUGAUUGGAAAUCCUACAGUGACUUGUAACAUAGAUAGCAAGUGGUCACCUGGUCUUCCAAAAUGCACCAGCAAUGGGAAUGCUCUUGUGGGAUUACUUACUGGUGCACUAGUAACCAUCCCAAUCCUGUUGCUUCAAAACUACUGGAUAUAAAAAAUGUUGCCCUAAGAAGAACAACAUGACCUGUGAGCAAUUUCUAAGGGAAUCUGCCUUUCAUAUGCUGGAAUUCAGUGGAAGUUUACCACUAGAACAUGAACGCUUCAACCUCAAUCUCUCUUUUAUGCUUCAAGUAACUUUCAUGAUUUUUAGAGUUAAAAAUAUCCUGUAACGAUAUGCUGUAAAGACAUUCAUUAUCACUCUCUACAUUGUUUCUAUAUGCCAGCACUACAGCAGAGAAAAGCUUGGUCUUUGUACUCAGAUUGUUUUAAGUGAAAUUUAUGUAUUUAAAAUCUUUUUUAAUGUGUUAUUUAUUAUAGUUUAUUAAGCUGUUAGUGUUGAAGGUUUACACUGAAGGAAACAUUAGACUGUUAAAACACUCAUAGUGCCUUACCUGUGGCCAUGUUUCAUAUACCUGAAGGGAAAAAGUCAUAUGUUGUAAAUUAUUUUUAGUUUUCAAAUGAAAUGCCUUGAUUUACCACUUGUUGAAUGUUUGCACUAAGAAUAUGCAUAAUAUUUAAUUUAAUCAACCAAGUUAUAUACAGAAUGAAAGAAAAUCAGUUUAAAACCUUUCCGUUGUUUAUCUCGGUAAUUGUAUCUACUUACUGUUUUGAGUAUUUGAACCCUGGUGUUGACUGUCAUCUCAAAGGAAUUUUGUGAAUGUAUUUUUAAAAAAUGUUUGCACUUUUUUCUCUCUUUUUCAAAUAUUAUCUGAGGACAUAUUAGUUAAUAUACUUUUAAUCAAACCAAACUUGAAGUUCUUCAAUAAAUUAAGAAGAAACCUAA